GCGGCGCGGCUUCGAAGUGAAGAAAAGUGAUUAUAGUACAUUGGCUAUAUUUAUGUUUUAAAACAGCUCUGCCGUGAGUCUCUGGAUAAUGGAUGAAAAAAUUAUUUGUCUUUGCGAGGGAAAUAAUUUAACUCCCUUGGUUCAGGCGCUAUCGACGCUGAAACAUCAAAAGGUUGUAGACUUAUUAGAAGCCAGAGUGUUGGAGGGAAGGGGUGAACCAGUUCCUUAUCUUCAAGCUGUAUUCAAAGGUUCACCAUGUGACACUAAAAUUGGUUUGGAAAGACGUACAUUUGUGUUCAAGCAUGCCAUUCAAAUACUCAGUGAAGGUGACCUUAGUAACAAGAUGGCCACUGAAAUUGUUGGAUUUUUACUAAUGGAGCUGGAUGCCUUUCCUGGAAAAAUUCUUGCUGAACUUGCUGAUUUAUUCAUAAAUGCUAUUAAGACUGGUUCCUUCAGUAAUGGAAAAACUUUGGAGCUAUUUCCAAAGGUGCUGUCUGCCGUUGCAGCUAAGGAUGUCAUUCCAAUGCCAGGAGAUUGUGGUGGUGAAAUGGCAGGUCAGGAAUAUAAAAGACAUCUUCUGAACACAUUGUGUUCUAGCAGAUGGGACCCACAAUGUGCUAUUCAUCUGGCUGCUGUUUUCAGGGAUGUGCCAAUGACAUCAGAUGAACUACAUUUUGUAAUGGAGAAGAUAGUGAGAGCCAUGAAAGACCUUGACCUUCAAGAAUUACCUCCAUUGGUGUAUCAGUUACUGCUACUUUCUACAAAGGGUCACAAAAAACUUCUUUUGGAAGGAGUAACAUCAUUUUUUAACAACUUAGAUGAAACAUGUCGCAAGGAGGACAAAGAGGAUAGCUCAGAGGUUCAGACAUUGUCUAAGGAUCAGCUGAGGCAUAUGGAAGGAACUGUGAUCCUUCAUAUUACAUUUGCUGUGAAACAGGAUCAAGACUUGGGAAAGGAGUUUAUCAAAUAUUUAAAGGUUCAUCAAAGCUCUUCAGGGAUGAUUUUGACACCUUUUAAUGUUGCAUUAGCUCUUUCCAUUGCACAGAUCCAUAGAUUUGAAGAAACGAUUUUUGACUUCCUGAAGGCUGCAGUGCUUAGAAGUUUCAAAGAUGAAGACAGAAGAAAGCAAUCCAAAUGGGCUAGAGAAAAUAUCCCAGCAUGCUCUUCAGUUCAGGAUCAAAUACUAGAAACAGUUCAGAACAGUUUGUUUGGAUGGGAUCAUGUCACUCAGGGAUUGGUGCAGCUGGGAUUUAUGCUAAUGGAUGCAUUUGGUCCUAAGACAUUCGACUCGACAUCAUCACCAAUCCUCUCUCCAACCCAACACUCCUGCAAGCUUGGAUCUUCAGUUCUGCUUGAUACUUUUAAGGCCCAUGAGAUGGUUCGUUCUGAAAUACUUCAGCAAAUCCUUAACAGAGUGAUUACCAGGGCAACAACACCUGUUCAUCAUUACAUUGAACUGUUGGCCAGCACAGUGUCUUCAGCACCACAUGUGCUACUAGAAUUAUUACCAAGGGUCAAGGAGGCUUUAGACUAUUUGUCAUUCUUACCUCCAAAGUCAGCAGAGGGUUUUUUGAAAGCUAUCCAGCCCCUUUUGAAGAUCAGUUUGACUUUGAGGGACUCUCUCAUGGUUGUGCUACGAAAAGCAAUGUUCUCAAGACAGGUGGAUGCACGUAAGAUUGCUGUAGCAGGAUUUCUCUUGAUCCUUAAAAAUUUUAAGAUUUUAGGGGGAGGUAUCACAUCAAGUCAGCCUGCAAGUCAGCCAAGUCAGCCAUCACAUUCCAGUCAAAUUCAAGUAGAUGUUCAUGUUCGGGGUGGUAACAUGGGAAAUGAAGCACUUUGUUUGGAGAUAUUAGGGAACCUACGAAGAUGUCUCACUCAGCAAGCUGAUGUAAGAGUGCAGCUUUAUGAGGGGCUCUUCCAUGUAUUAUGUAGGAACCCUCAGUUACAACAACCAAUUCUAGAUAUGUUAAGCAACCAGUUCCAAAAAUAUUUGGAGUCCGAUGAAACAGUUAAUCCUCCAGUCAAAUUAGAGCCUUGUUUAUCUGCUGCAGGGGAUCAGAUUUACCUUACAGAGCCACUGGCUCACCUACUGUGUUACUUACUGCACUCAAUGGGAAAAUGUAUUGAAAGUCACAAUGAGGAUGAAAAUGAUGAGAAGGAAUCAAUGGAACACAUCCUAAAUGAACUAGAGGAUUUAUUCCAAUCUCUUGUUCGCAGGAUGAACAAAUCAGAGAUGGAAGACUUUGAACUGGAUAAGUCUGCAGACUUUUCUCUUGUCUCAAGUGUUGGUAUCAAGAAUAACAUUCUCGCUCUUCUAGUUCUUGGAGUUUAUGAGAUUUUGCUAGAGUACAGUUUCUCAGAAGGAGAGCUAAGUGGGGAAUCAGUGGAUGAGAUUCUACAAUUAUUUGGAAAUUACCACCAGCUUUCAGAGAUACUAAAGGAAAAAUCAAACUCUGCUGGAAAGAAAGGCCGCUCUGCAGCUGUUAAACAGGGAGUUAAAAGUAUGCUUUCACUGGAAUGUUCUGCAUCUUUGUUGAGAGCAUUUUUCAGUGACAGAGCUCCAAGUCAUCAACAAAGUCUAGCUACGCUAAGAGGCUUGAAAGAACUGGUGAAGUAUGCUGUUAAUACAGCUAUUCAAAAACUCAAAGAGAUCAGUGAUGGUGGAUUUUGCUCAGGACCUGGUGGCUCUAACAAGGACACCAUUUACAAACACUGCUGUACCAUUGGAAGAGUUUUCUGGAAGCACCUUAAUGGGGACAGCUGCUUACAGGAAGAGCCAGAUAAGAAGGAGAAGGGUAAAAAAAUCAAUAGUUUGUGUAUAGAGGGCUUCUGCUCAGUGGUUAAUAUCAUGUGCUGCAGGUUUUCCCAAAAGUUGCCUCACUUCAUGAAUGCAAUAGAUUCAACUCAGGAUGGCAGUGGUGGUGCAUUAGAUGAUACAACAGAUCAAGAAGCAAUUUAUGUACAGAUAAAGAAAUUUCAGCGUUUGAUUGUCAGCAUCAUUUCCUCUCCUGAUGAGGACAAAGAAAUCAGUCUUAAGGAUAGUCAGUCACUAGUGAAUGUGAUUGCAAUGUUAGCACAUCAUUUGGAGCCAGAUGGACCACAGUUUCAUCAGUUGCAUGCCUGGGUUCAAAUGAUUUGUGCGGAUAAUAAUGUUGAUGAUCCCUCUCUCACUAAGUCUUUGGUGUCCCUGUUACACUCCAUAACAUUCCAAUCGAAAGCAAGUGCAGGACUGGUGCGUGAUGUUGCCCAAGAUGUCCAUAGCCAGCUUGGAGAUGUAGAUGAAGAAAUUGAAGUUGAAAACAGAACUCACUAUGCGAUUAUUAACCCAAGAACUGCUGCACCUACCGUUGCUCUCCUUUUGGUAAAUCAAAUAGAAAAAAUUGUAGACGAAAUGGACUGGGCACUUGUAAAGGUCAAAGGUGACAUGACAGCAUCAGCAGCAGGACUGACGGAAGAAAAGGUGCCAGAUUCUCCCGACAGUUGCCCUCGUGGUAUGUUGGAGCAAGCAUUGUGCCAACGUCUUUGUACUGUUGUGUCUGCUCUCCACGAACUGUCACAGUCUGCUCUUCCAGAAGGUCCAUGUACUGAAGCAACACUGAAGGUGCUGACCAAAAUGUAUGUCACUCUUGGUUCUCUUACGAAACAUUAUUUGUCGCUUUAUAAUCAAAGACUCGGUUACUUGCCUGCAAAGUUUGAAAAGUUGGUUAAAAUGACGGGCACCCACUUGUCGCAGCAGGUGUAUGCUCUUCUGACGUAUAUCCAAGCCACACAAAGUCAAACUCUUUUGGAGAAGAGCACCAUUACAAAAAGUAAAAGCAAAGAGAAGAAAAAGGCACCCAAAGGACUGAAUAUGCCAGGGAAGGCAAAAGUUAUGAAAGAGAUGAAGUCUGUGCCGAACUUAAUAUAUGCAAUGGAACAGUAUGAGCGUUACCUAAUACAGCUCUCAAAAAAGUCUAAGAUCAAUCUGAUGGAACACUUUAAACGCAGUUUGGCACGAGACUUUAGAAUAAAUGGUGCAACAUUAGAAGCUGCUCUGAAAGAAGAUUCAAGCAGUGAAGGUGAAGAUGACGAGGGCGAGGAAGAGGAUCAAGAAGAGGAUAAAUCUGAAGAAGAAAAUAAAGAACCUCAAGCGAAAAAGAAGAAAGUGAUGGAAACAAAUAAGAAAACGGGCAAACUAAGUUUAAAACAGAAAUCAUCAAACAAGCCAUUGUCUCAAGAGAACAAACAUAAUUAAACACCACUCUUACAUGCAACUGGAUAAGUGACAAAUAGGUGAUCUUACGCUGCCUAAAUCUAAAUAAGUGUUUGGACACAAUUAUACUGUAUUUUCUGCAAUUAUUUUGGUAGAAAAUUGUUUCUCUUUCCAACGCAGCAUCCGUCCCUUUUGAAACAGCUUGGGCGCUAUCAGUAAUCCUUAUUAUUUCUUAUGAAACAACAUUUGGAAAUGUACAACCCAAUGAAUAACUUACACAUGGGCCAUUCCUCUUUGGGGGUUUGCUUAUUAUUGCUGGAGAACUUACGUAGUUUGAAAAGAUUCACUGUUGACUCGAGUAAACCAAGUCGGCCACCUGUGUAGUCUGUUGCAGCCAAAAUUUCCGAGACUGAAUUGACAGAGUCCCUUGUCCCAUCUGAUAGGUCUACCCAUCUGAUGAACUAAGGCCACAGCUGUAACUGCAAGCUGCUGUGGAAGCCUGUACAUUUUUAUUUUAAUUUUCAUAUAUAUCAAGGGGUUUGAUCCCCAUAUGAGGAAAAAAAGGGUUGUACCAUUCAAACUCUUAGUCCACAGUUUAUUUUGUUCCUUGCAACAAUUACUGAAGAGACGUUACAAAUAAUAAGCCAAACUGUUAACUACCUUUUUGAAAAGAUUGAAAGAAAAUGAAAAUCACAAUAGGCGUUGCAUAUUUUAUAUUUGCGUGUUUGACCUCUACAUCCAUGUCUAUUGUGUUUUGUUUCUUAUUUGUCCCAAAGAAGUUAGGAGGGAUAGUUGAAACAGGACUUUUAAUCCACUUUACU